AUGGCAAGAAUACUUAAGUUUAAUUUUAUUUUAUUGUUAAGUGCAACGCUGGGGAUCAUUGUUGAUUUGGGUGAAGCUGCAAAUCAAAAUGUUGGAAAUAAUCGACGUACGGGUAAAUUUUUUGGUAGUGGUGUUACAGAAGUAACAAAAUUAGUUGUGGAUAAUCUAAUUGUUACAACAUUGGUACCAUCAUCUUGUGUGGCGUACGAACCAACAUUACGGCCAUGUCGACGUUUUCGAUUUCUAAAUUACGGACCUUUAUUUACAACAACGGUCCAAAACAAUCAAAAUCAGUCACAAACUUCACCAAAUACAACAGCAAUUUCAAAUCGUCGUCAAUCAUUAGCUGAAUCAACACCACCAUUAAUAGCCUCAAUUUCACAAGCAAAAAACAAUUCAAUCAAUUCAAAACCAUCAGCGUCAUCGUCAAACUUCUACUGGGGUGAUUAUUUAAAUUUCCUUCGUGGCGGCGUAACCACCAAAACCAAGACAGCAACCCGAAUUAUCACCGAAACAUACUACGAUCCUACCCGAGUCAUUACAUUCUCAAUAAAACAUUGUCUACCAACAAAAAUGCCAUUUAAUUUACCAAAAUGUCCAAUAACAGAACAAUCUGGUGUUGUGGAGAUCAAAAAUGAGAGCCCCGUAUCACUUCCUCCAGAGACACCCGGUGAACAAGAAAUAAAUGGUAAUGGAAUUGAACCAACUCUUACAUGGUCAUUACCUACAAUUGUUACAACCAGUAUACCUUCGACAUCUUCGUCAGUAGCCCCCUCAACACCUGUGGUUGAACAAGAACCACAACGAAUUGAUAAUAAUAGUGGUGGAACAUUUAUUAAGCCAUCCGAAAUUAUUUACUAAUUUGUUUUGUUAGAGAG